AUGUCUGCCGCACGGUUUGUCACCGACCAGGCACCCUUUGACGAGGAGGAAAUGCGGCAAGAUCCUUUCCGCGAGAUCUACGAGUGGCUCAAGGACGAAAGUCUGCACGAGCAUCUGCCAUCUCUGCUCAGCCUCGGAGUCUGCGAGCUCAGUCACUUGGCAGACCUAGACGCCAUAGACCUCGGAGAGGCAGGGCUGUCCCGACCGGAAGUCAAACGAUUCCUGCGCAAGCAAGCGAGCAUGGCCACUCACUGCUGUGAAAUCGCGUCCAGCGCCAACGAGACAGCCUCCUCCAACUUCUCCUUGCAAGUUGCCAACGUGACGGACAAGCACGGGGAGGAGGGGAGCGAGAGCGAGAGGAGCAACAGCUCUCCUUCCGUGAACCAGCCCAUAACUUCAGAGCGCCUCAAGCAGGAGCAGGGGGCGAGGGCAGGAGAGGACGUGCUGCCGUAUGACGACACGAGCUUUGGGUUCCGCGGCCUCCAGCAAGCCUUUCAGAGCCUGGUAAGGCUUCACCGAGGAGAGGAGCAGGAGACGAUCGGCUACGGCAUCGCUCUGCAGGUCACCAACGCCACCAUCAACACCUUCUGCGUGCUCGUCAGCGCUCAGACUGCGAGCAGCACAGACGCGCUGCAGUCGCUGAGGAUGAGCAUGGAAGGGGUGGAGGAGUUGGAAGCGAGGCUGGACCCGCAGAUCCUGCUGGUCUCGUACCCGCAGCAAGGCUUCCACCUGGUUGGAAUCGACGUGUUCAACGCGAGCGUUGACUUCUCCGAGGCUCUCAAGAGAACCUCUCUCUCCUGCGACAAGCCUGCCGGCGGCAUCAAGGACAACGGAGCGGUCGCAAUAUGCGGGUUCCGCCAUGGCCAGAGGUCGCUGGCGGUAGCAGGAGUGGAGCAAGUCUCUCAGUCUCAUGUGGUUCUGCACAAGGCGCUUGAAGCGCAUCCUUGCUCCGUCCUCGUGGUAGGGGAUGAGGUGACGGCGAUGGCGCUAGGGAGCGACGGCACUGACCGCACUCUCCUCCUCCUCCACAUGUCAGACUUGAAGCAAGUGGUGGCCUCGUUGGACGCUUCCCUCCCGCUCUUCUCGAGGACUCUGUCGUUUACGCCUGAGAGCAGCGCAGCUACCGGAGCUGAGAAGAGUCAGAGCUGCCAGCCGGACAUGGACAGAGCGAGAAAGCCGCGGGCAAGCUGCGAGCUCGUCCCGUGCCUCGAGCUGCCGUCGAUGCAGAAGACGAUGGGAGGGAGCAGAGCAGGCAACGAAGACAAGCAGCCAGCACAGGACAAGGCCGAGAAGCAGGAGGGAGAGGGAGGUAAAGACGGUUUGAGCGAAGAUCGACAUGCGGCUGAGCAGGGGAGUCCCCCCGACCUGCCCGCUGCUGCGGCAGAGGGGCUGAGCGAGGGAGGAGAGGGCGGGGAAGAGAGUAUCCGUCGCAUGCUCGAGUCCGUGGCUGAGGUGGACGACGUUUCGACCCUCAACAUGCUGCUGCUGCACUUCCUCAAGUUGAGCACGGAGAGCAAGGUCAUCCUCACAAGGAUCGACCAGAUCUGCUCUCAUGGGCAGGAGCUCAGCCGCUCCCUCGAGCAGACCUGCGUCCUCCUCCUCCAGCUCAUGGACAGGCACGCUGACGAUGCAGAUGUGCAGGCCCUCUGCUGCAGCAUCCUUUCUGCGCUGUCAUGCGAGAAGAGUUUCCAAGAGCACAUCGCAGCCUCUGGCGGAGCCCAGCACGUCCUCAAGGCCAUGACGCUGCACCCCGACGCCCUCAACGUCCAGCUCAAGUCUAGCAGAGCCCUGUGCAACCUUGCCUACGAGAACGGCGACAUCCAGGAGGACAUGGCGAGGAGCGGAGGGGUCGGGAUGAUCCUGCUGGCCAUGAGGAGGCAUGCGUCCAAGGCGAGGAUCCAGGUGGAGGGCUGCGGGGCCCUCUGCAACCUCUGCGCCAACAAGGCUGAGAACCUGAAGCUGAUCCUGGAGGAGGGAGGGCUCGAGGCGAUCCUGCAGGCCAUGUCGCUGCACGUCUCCGACCAGGACGUGCUCUUCCGCGGCUGCUGCGCCCUCUCGAGCUUCGCGUCGUCACACCAGCUGGACAAGGAGCUGAGCGAGGGCGGGGCUGUGAGCGUGGUGAUCAAGUGCUUGCUAGUGUUCCCGGACAACGAGGACCUGGUCUACAAGGGGUGCAGCGUCCUAGCGGACGUGUGCGAGGGCGAGCCCUGCCUCAAGACCUGCAGCAGGCUGGGGGCGAUCCCUGCCGUGCUCAAGGCGCUUGCGGGCAAGUGCGAGAACGUGAGACUGCAGUCCAAGGGGAUGCGACUCCUCCUCCUCCUGUGCGGGGACGGUGAGAACCACCAGCAGCUGAUCAGGUACGAGGGCAUCGGGCACGUGCUCAAGGUCAUGGAGACGCUGAGGGGAUCGGGCGAGAUCCAAGAGCGAGGAUGCGCGAUCCUAAACAGACUCGCGCGGGUCGGGGACGCGCUGGACAUGGUGAUUGAGCACAACGGGGUUCAGAUCAUCGUGACGGCGAUGCUGGACCUGGACGGGAACAUCAACGUGCUGGAAGAGGGGCUGAGCUGCCUGUCGAGGCUCUGCCUGAACCCGACGGCGAAGGAGGAGCUGCUGCAGACGAAGCUGAUCGAGUUCAUCAGGAGCGCGAUCGAGAGCAACAAGCUCCCCAAGACCUGCCGCAUGUCAAUCGUCCGGAUCGUGCAGGCGAUCGCGGGGCUGGAUGAAGUCUUCAGCAGCGCUCUGAGGAACAUCGGGGAGCAUCGACCCAUCUCCGCCAUUCUCCCUCCUUCCAUGCCGCGCACUCCGUUCAGGGCGAAUGCGGCUUCAGAGGAGCGGCGGCCUGCGUCGGCGACGUUCUCGGGCAGCGGAGCGAAGCUGGUGAAGGAGCUGAGGAUGCGACACGGGGACAACGAGAACGUGGACAGGAACCUGCUGCUGGAGCACCAGAUCUCUCACCUUGCUAGGGAGGCAGAGGUGAUACGAAACGAGAACCUUAAGAUCAUACAGCAGUGCACGCUGGAUGGGAGGAAAGAGGAGCUGCUGUACCCCCCAAAAGGCAAGAAAUUCUUGCACAGCUGGAUGGGAAGAACGGGGGGCAAGAAGGCGAAGAAAGCAACCUGAUGCCGGGAGGAAGCGAGAGGAGGUGUAUUGCAAUUGUAGGAUGAUGCCAUCGUGUUGUGUUUGUGAUAAGAUGACAGUGUAAUGAAAGUAUGAGACUUG